AUGUCUUAAGAAUAAGAAUUACUUACUAAAAUGAAAUCCUUAGAGGAGGAUAUUUAAAAUAGACAUAGACAAAUAGUGUCUUUGACAGAUAAGGUGGAAGAAUUACAAAGAUCAAUUUAGAAUAACUCUGAAGUAUAGAUAACUUAUAAAUAAAUUAGGUUGUUGAACUAAAUGAAAAAGUUAGAAUGCUUGAGUCUUAGAACAUAAAAUUGAUUGAAAAAAAUCAAAAUGACGUAGUAGAGUGGAGAUCAAAGGAACGUGAUUUCAAUGUAUAAAUCAAUAGUUACACUAGAAUCAAAUUCAAUAAUUACAACGGAAGUUGGGUGAAGUAGAAUCUGAACUCACUGAGACUAAAGAAUUGAAUAAACAAUUAAUCAAUAAAUCAAGUGAGUCUUCUGAUUAACAAUCACAGUUACAACAAAUUACUUAACAUUAUGAACAUCUACUAUCAGAAAAGGAUUCACAUAUUAAAGAACGAGAUGUUAAAAUAGCUGAAUAGGAUCUAAUAAUAAGCAAUUUAUAAAAAGAAUUAUCUCUUGCCUCAGAAAGGGAAUAGACAUCUCGAAUUAUUCAAGAAUAAUUAAAUGAAUAAUUGAAAAUAUUAGAAAAGAGAUAAAGCGAAUUUACAUAAUAGAAUGAAAAAAUGGCCAUUUUGAAUGAUGAAAUCAAAUCACUUAAAUUAUUAAAGGAUGAAUUAUAAAGUGAAAACACUUCACUUAAAUCUUAAUUAUCUGAAUUAACAUCUAAUAAUCAAGAACUCUAAGGGAAAGUGAAAUAAUUAGAAGAUUAAACUAAUAAAGAAUAGAUUCAAAUCUAAAAUCUAUAAGUUAAUCUCAAGGACUCAUAAAGAGAAUAUAAAGAAGAAAUGACUAAAAUUAUGUAAAUAUUGGAGAAAAUGAAAGAAAAAGUAAUAAUAUUAAUUAUAUUUAAGCAUACUAAUGAAUAGGAAUAAUACAAGUAGAGAAUGCAUGAAAGAGAUGAUAUUUUAAAAGAAGCCAAAAAACAAUUUGAAUAAACUACAAAACAAUUCGAAAAGUAUAUAUUAAUAUAUUAUAUAUUUUAGAGAAAAUAAUAAUUUAAUUACUUAAAUAUAAUAAGCAUAAAAGACAUAAACAGAGUAAUUGAAAAAGAUUUCGGAUCUGGAAUUUAAACUUAGAGAAUUAGAAUCUAAACUACAAGAGAGUAAUAGACAAUAUAUAAAAUAACUUGAACAUUCUAAAUCACUUGAUAUUGAAGUAUAUAAUUAUAAAUAAAAAAUUAGCUCAAAAAAGCUAUUUCAAUCUAAUAGAAAUUAUAAGAAUAAAUGAUUAUUAAAGAUGAAGAAAUGCAAAAAACAAAAUAGUUUUAAUUGAAAUUAUUAUAAGAAAAUCAAGAUUUAAAAACUAAAUUAGAUCAUUAUCUUUAAGUUAAUUAAAAAAGUAAAUCAAAUGAAUUACAAAAUUUAAAAAAUUAAUUAUUAGAAAAAGAUCAAGAAUUAGAAUUAUUGAGAUAAUAAUAAAAAUCAUUAGCUACUCAAUUAAAAACUAGUCAAGGAUAUGUGACUAGAUUUAAAGGCAGAGUUAAAUAAUUAGAAAUGGAUAAUACAGAAUUAUUAAAAGCUAAGAAUAAUUUAGAAACAUUAUUUCAAGAGAUCUUAGAAUAAACUAAAUAAAAAUCAAAUAUCAAAAAUUUAUCAGCAAUAUCAAAUAAUCCUACAAAAUAUUAGAUGAGUCUCUUAUCACAAAGAAAGAAUUAUAUGUAAGAAAAUACAUCAACUCAUUCAUAAGAAAAUAGAUCAUCAAGUUAAAAGUCUAAUAAUACUACACCAAAUAAAGUAGCUAAUAGUGGUGAUGUCUCAUUUAAAAGACCAAUUUAAGUUAGUGGACAUAAAAAAUCUACUCAUUCAGGUUCUUAAGAAAAUAUUUCCAUCAAAUAAUAAAAUGAACUCAAUGAAAUUAAAGAAUUAGAUGAAAGUUAAUAAUAAUAAACUAAAGUUUAACCUUAAGAUGACUCUUAACAAUAAAUUAAUUAGAUUGACAAUAAAGAAGAUACUCAGAAAUUAAUUGAAACUAAGGAAUAAGAAUAGAUUAUAAAUGAAUAAGAAAAUAAUAAUGAAGAAGUUGAGGAUUUCUUGGAUGAUCAAAAUGAUCUUGAUUGA